AUGAAAGUCGUAGGCCUAACGGGCGGCAUCGCAACCGGCAAAUCCACCGUCUCCAAGCACCUCUCUUCCUCUCUGCACAUCCCGAUAGUAGACGCCGACCUGAUCGCACGCAGUGUAGUCGAAAAGGGCCAACCAGCAUUAAAACAAAUAGCAGCCACCUUUGGCCCCGAUGUAAUCCUGCCAGAUGGGACUCUAAACCGUGAGAAACUGGGCAGUCUAGUAUUCAAGGAUGCCGAGGCACGCAAAAAGUUGAAUCGCAUCACGCAUCCACAUAUACGAAUGGAGAUGCUGAGGCAGUUGUUGUGGGUUUUCUUGAGUGGGAGUCGUGUGCUGGUUAUGGAUACGCCACUGCUGUUGGAGAGUGGGAUUAAUAAGUGGGUGCAUGUGGUUGUUGUUGUAUACUGCCCAGACGAAAUCCAAAAAGACCGUCUCAUGAAACGCGACAAUUCGACUGCAGAAUCCGCAUCCCAACGCAUCGCAUCGCAGAUGCCGAUUGAAAACAAACGUAAACUCGCAGAUAUCGUGAUUGAUAACUCGGGACGGGUGGAGGAUACGAGGGAUCAAGUAAACCAGGUGUUUGCUAGAAUUACGCCAUCGGUUAUAUCGACUGCGCUGGCAUGGUGUGUGUUUGCUGGACCGGCUGCGUUUGUGUGGGUCGUGUUGACGAACGGCCAACCAAUCCCAAAUUCUGCAGGCCAGAACCCACUUAUAGGAGUCCUCGUUGCGCUACUCGGAAACGGCGGUAAUGGACAGCAGCAACAGUCGCCAUUACUCGCUGGGAUACUGUCAUUCCUCGGAGUGGAUGUCAAUGCUCAAAAUCAGCAGCAGCAGCAGCAGCCUGUGCCAACUCAACAGCAGCCUGAAGUACAGCAGGUUGGACAGGCUCCUGUUAGUUAUGCUGGUGCUGUUGGAUCGAACUCGCAGCCUCAGAGUGCUCCACCUGCCGCAAUCUCCCUGCAGCCUCUUCAGCCCAUAACACCACCCCAACAACAACAAGUCCCACACACCACCCAAAACACAACCCCCACCCAAUCCGAGCUUUCAUCCAUGUCCACCGCAAUGGCCCGUCUCUGGUCCCUCGACACAAACCGCAUGUCAGUCGGUGCACCAGGCUCCAACGCAUCCGUAAUCCUCGACACGCAGGGUGGUAAAAGGGUGUACGAGAAUGGUGACGUCGCAUCACGUCCCUUAUUUGCACAUGUAGAUGCAGGGAUAUUCAAGGAUCGGCCAACGUAUAGUGCGUUCUAUGGCCUGCUGGAUAAUUAUGUGGCUGAGGCGGGGACUGCAGAGACGUUUAGUGAGAAUGAGAAGAGUGAGAUGAGGAGGUUUGUGGAUGCUUGUUGUGAGACGGAUGUAAUGACGUAUCUGCAUAGCUAUCUGGUUGCCAAGAACGUGUCUCCUCCAGAACUCAACAAGUUCAAAAACCAGCUGUGGAGUAUUUGGUUUGAUACAUACAAACGAGUCAUAGCAGGAGACUCAUCAGCCUUUGAGCACUGUUUCGUCGGCGAAACACGGAACGGAGAAGUCGUCGGCUUCCACAACUGGAUUAACUUUUUCGUGCAAGAAAAGAAGGGAAAAGUAAACUAUCUCGGAUAUAUCUUGCCUAGACGUCGUGGUCCCGCAAGCGGCACAGAACAUGUCCUCUCCCUCCAGCUUGAAUGGAAUGGCCAGGUCAAACCAGUCUCCACCAUGUUUAUAGGCGUGUCGCCCGAGUUUGAGCUCGCGCUGUAUACGAUGGUGUUUCUUGCUUCGGAUCGGGAUGAGGAGAGUGCUGUGUUGGAUGAGACGGAGGUGAGGAUUAAAAUGCAUCGGUUUACGAAUCGGGACGGCGCGAGGAUUGGGAGCUGUUAUCCUGAGUCGUCGUAA